CUGGCUCUGACAGCUAGCUGAGCUCAUAAUCCAGACGAUUUGGAGGAAACAUUUGGGGAGAGAAGAUGAUACCUGUCACUGUGCUGAUCUGGUGUCUGUUGUCGAUAUGGACACUAACUUCUGCUGUUCAGGUUGAAGAUGAACUCAACGAAACUGUCAUUUGCACCAACGAUCAGAUGCAGGUCAUCAUUCCUAGUGCGUUUUUUCUCAACAAGGACCCACCUGUUUAUAUCUGGGAUCUGCACCUCAAUGAUCCUGAAUGUCGAGGUGUCGAGGUCGAGAGCGACUUCGUCUUCAGUAUCAAGACAAACCUAACGGACUGCGGCACUAUUACGGUAUCAGAUGAUACUCACAUCAUGUUCACCAACACAAUCCGAAACAAUGAUACCGAUGUCAUCACCAGAAGCUACAUCAACAUCACGUUUGGCUGCCGAUACCCCAUAAACUACAUGGUCCAGCAGCAAAACGGAGAGAAUUUGAUCCGAGUGGAUGUCAGGACGAUUACUCUCGAAACCGAAGAUGGGAAUUUCUCCGUCUCUAUGCUGCUGUAUAAAGAUGAAGGAUUUCAAGAUAAAUGGACCACAGUUCCUUCUCUCACACUUGAGGACAACAUCUAUGUUAAAGUUCACAUGGUUCCAGCGAAUUUCUUUUUAAGAGUGGAGAGAUGUUGGGCAACACCAACCAAUGACCCUUACAGCAACAUUCAAUACACUUUCAUCAAAGACAGUUGUCCGGUCUUGUGGAAUGACCAGACACUGGCUGUGAUGAAGAACGGUCAAGGAUCUGAAGCUUUUUUUAGGAUACAGAUGUUCAAGUUUGUUGGCAGGUCUUACACAGAUGUUUUCCUCCACUGCAACGUCCAGAUCUGUCAUAACACUGGAGGAAUGUGCCAACCUAAUUGCUCUGCUGAAGAGACGUCAAUAAGAACACGCAGAGAUGUUUCAUCAUCGCACACGGUCUCGUAUGGACCAAUCAGAAGGCUCGAAGUUAACACAGAGAACACAAGUCAGAGUUCAGAUAUGCCCUCCGUGGAGACGUUUGUGCUGGGCGGUCUUCUGUUCAUCCUCAUCCUCAUCACAGGAGUUUUUGGGAAACUUUGGUUGCAGAGCAGAAACACGUAUCCUGCUCAAGAAGCCCAGCUCACGCUCUCCAACAUCCACCAUAUCUCAGAAGUGGCCAGCUAACUUGAAAAUACACACAAUAUAUAUAUAAAUAUAUCCACACAUACAGUGUUAUAUGAAAUAUGCUCUGAUUGAAAAGUCUACUAAGCUGUAGUACAUUUGUGUUAGUUCUUCUUUUGUCUUUUAUUGUAAAAUAAAUAAAUAAUUAAAAAAACAACUUCUGUAUUUCAAACAGCUUCCUAUGAAGAAAAUGCUAAUUCUGGUACUCAUGGGAUCUCGUGCACACAGCUGCUCAAAAUGUACUUGAAGCCAGACUUAAAAUGCUAUGAAUGUCAUUAAAUUACAUAAGAAAAUGUUAAACCAAGUGGCAUUUAUAUAGAACAAACAGGUCUACACAAUUUGGUUUCUGGUUGUCCAACAUUGGUGCGGUAUUAAAAUCAUACAUAGGUGUAUCAAGCAUAUAUGAAUAUAAUAACAUACAUGCAUGUAUGUGUAUGUGCAUAUACAUAUAUACCGCUCAGUAUGUCAGUUUUUGCUUUGAAAUAGCAUAAAAGUUGGGUUUUCUUCACCCAUGUUUUCCACUAAACACCUAUUGUUGUCUAGAUAAUGCACUACAUAUAUUUUAAUUGUAAUCCCAAAAUGGCUUAUAUUGGCGUUGUGUCAUACUUAAAAAAUAAUGCAUCACUCUCUAAAUACUUGCAAGUCUCUCGUCAACCUUUAAUAAAACUUUGACUACACGUAACUUAUGUAAAUACAUAACUACAUUAAGUAUUAAAAUCAUAUAUAGGUGUAUCAAACAUAUAUGAAUAUGUGUUUGUGUUCAUAAUAUACAGCUUAGCAUAUAAGUUGGGUUUUCUUUACCCAUGUUUUCAACUAAACACCUAGGGGUGGUUUCCCAGACAGGGAUUAGACUAGUCCUAGACUAAAAUAAAUGUAAAUGCUGUAUCUUUAAACACAUCAGUGCCCUUUGUUUUGCCUUAAAAUGCACAAAAGUAAUGUUUUUAGUAAGGCAUGUUCGUUAAAACUAGUUAUAUUUCGUAAUUAAACUAAAGCCUAGUCCUGGUUUAAGAUAAUCCCUGUCCGGGAAACCACCCCCUGGUGUUUUCUAUAUAGUGCACUACAUAUAUUUUAAUUGUAAUCCCAAAAAGGGGGUCAUGUUUAAUAGACAAGAUGUGAAGUAAACCUGUUUAGUUUACUGUAAUUACCUGACCUGUUGU